GCCAAUUUUCCAAACGUGUUGUGAUUCAGUUAAAAUUUAGCGCUGAUCGCCUUCGGUUGGUUGGCUUUCGGUUUUCGGUUUGCAGUGUUUCAGCUGGUUAAGUGCAGUUUGUUUUUCAUUUCGAUAACCGCUGAAUCGCAGCCAAAAUGUUGAAAAUUGCUUUCGUUGCUGCCGUGGCCAUGCUCUGCAUGGUCCAAUCCGUCAAGGUCGACUAUUAUGGGUCCCUCUACCAUCAGGACGAACUGCACGCUCCCUACAAGAGUGCCAAGGAGCCCAAACAGGACUUCAGCAAGAUCCCCGGAGAACCGGGUAUAGACUACCCGAUCUACCACGAGGUACCACACACUAGCUUCAGCUGUUCGCACGUUCCGGCCAUCCCUGGAAUGUAUGCCAACGUGGAAACUGGCUGCCAGGCGUAUCACACUUGCCACGAUGGCCGCGAGGGAGACCAGGGAGCUUCGUUUCUGUGCACCAAUGGAACCAUCUUCAAUCAGAAGGAAUUCGCCUGCGACUGGUGGUACAACGUCAAGUGUGAGGAAGCGCCGGCCCUUUACCACCUGAAUGCCGAUCCGGAGCACAAUCCCUUCGUGCCGAAGAAAAAGCCGGAGGAUGAGCUGAAUCACGAAAAGUUCCUGAUCCACGUCUAAGCCGGACCAACGUCAGCAUGGGUCGAUUUUCUCUUUAUCAAAGUUUUCUGUUCUGUUUUUUAUGUUCUUGCCCGUUCGGAAUUGUUAAGUUUUUGCACAAAAGUUCCCUCCGUUUCUUGAUUGUUUUGUUUCGUUUGGGAUUAGCGAUUUUCUCGCAACAACUGAAGCCACACGGACUGGACGAAAGCUGUUGUUCUUGGUUUCUUGCUGUUUUUUGUUCCCAGUUGUAAAUAUAUUUCGCUUAUACGCCAUUAUAAUGAUUUCGCGGUAGUGAGGUAAGAGUAAGCACGAUGAUGCAGGAAAAUAUACGAGCCGAAAAUAAGGAAAAUUUCAAA